CACCCAGAGACCCAGAGACCCAGAGACAGAGACAGAGGAGGCUUUCUCCAUCCCGGGCUCGGUGCGGGAGGCUCCCCGCACCGCCCCGCACCGCCCCGCACCGCGCAGGACCCGCUGCGGGCCAAGAGAGGCCGCCCCCCUCUUCUACCCCCCCCGCCCCCCGCCCCAUGCCGACCGCCCGGCCCCGGGGGUCCCGGCCGCGGAGCCUUCCAGACAGACCGCGGCCCAGCAAGUAGCCCACCGGACGGGAGCGUGAUCAGCCGAGACCAAAGAUGGCACUGGUGAUGGAGCCCAUUAGCAAGUGGACAGCCAAGCAAGUGACCACCUGGAUGAAAGGGCUGGACGACUGCCUCCAGCAGUACAUCAAGAGCUUUGAGAGGGAGAGGAUCAGCGGGGACCAGCUGCUCCACAUCACGCACCAAGAACUCGAGGAGCUGGGGGUCACCCGCAUCGGACACCAAGAGCUCAUCCUGGAGGCCGUGGACCUGCUCUGCGCUCUGAAUUACGGUCUGGAGACGGAGAACCUGAGAACGCUGUCUCACAAGCUGAACGCCUCGGCCAAAAACCUCCAGAACUUCAUCACGGGCAGGCGGCGGAGCGGACACUACGACGGCCGGGCCUCCCGGCGGCUCCCCAAUGAUUUCCUCACCUCCGUGGUGGAUCUGAUCGGGGCCGCCAAGAGCCUGUUGGCCUGGCUCGACAGGUCUCCAUUUGUCAGCGUGAGCGAGUACUCCCUGCUGAAGAACAACAUCAUCCAGCUGUGCCUGGAACUCACCACCAUCGUGCAGCAGGAUUGCACCGUGUAUGAAACAGAAAACAAGAUUCUACACGUGUGCAAAACCUUGUCCGGGAUCUGUGACCACAUCAUCUCACUGUCAUCUGACUCUCUGGUGUCCCAGUCGGCCCACCUCGAGGUCGUCCACCUCACCAGCGUGCUUCCCGGAGAGGGCUUGGGGAUGUACAUCAAAUCCACCUACGACGGACUGCACGUCGUCACCGGGACGACGGAAAACUCUCCAGCGGACCAGUGCAAGAAGAUCCACGCGGGGGAUGAGGUCAUCCAGGUCAACCAUCAGACAGUGGUGGGCUGGCAGUUAAAGAACCUAGUAAACGCCUUGCGGGAAGACCCCAAUGGAGUCGUCUUGACCUUGAAGAAAAGGCCACAGAACACCCUGGUCUCCGCCCCGGCCCUCCUGAAGAACGUCCGCUGGAAGCCGCUGGCUCUCCAGCCCGUGAUUCCCACCAGCCCACCGAGCACCACGGGUCUGUCCUCCAAGUUGGACGGCUCCGGCCUCCAUGACGUGUUCAUCUUCUCCCCCGUGGCCGGACUCUACGGCCCCAGGGAUGACAUCGGGAGAAUGUCCUGCGAUGACAUCAGCAAGUUCGGCAUCGGCAAACCCGGGAUGAAAGCCUCCGACUCCCCGAGCUACUUCCUGGAGCCUGAGAGCGGGAAGUGCUACACGCUGGUGGAGGGAGAAGGAGGCCCCCCUCCGGGGUCCGAGUUCGAGAGAGGCCGAGCCGCGGGCCUGCGGAGGAGAGAGAAGACCCCGACCCAAGGUAUGCGGUGUGGACCUCCGGGUACCCUCCUGGAGAGCUCCCCUAGACCCAUCGGGGUCCCUUGGCUUCCGGGGAGGAACCCCGAACCAGAUCCUUUCCCCAUGACCCUUGCACCCUCACCCGGCUCGGGCCGUGGGCUGGGUCUGCUUAUCUGCAGAGGGCCCGAGGCCCCUCAGGACCCCUGGGGUCCAUCUGCUGAGCGGGCACGUUCAAGCGCCCUGCGAGCCUUUGCCCGGUACUUCACUAACACUCCAAGAGCUAGAAGUCUCUGGUGGUUUUUCAAUGUCACCUACAACAUCCUGUUUUCGCCAUCAAGGGUGGGCCAGAAUUUCCUCCCGGAGCUUGGCCCCAAAGAGAUUUAA